AAUACAUUAUAGAAGAAGAUGAUCACGGAAGCGCACUUUUGAACAAAAUCAGCUUUGCUACUGCAGUAUUUCGCAUGCAUUUUGCAAUAUUUAAUGUCUGUUUUAAAUAGCCCACGUUUAAGCCGUUUAUUUCGUGCACGAGUUAUUGUUCUUAUAUUGACUUGCGGCUUUGUAUUGUGUGUCGUCUGGAAUUUGGAGUCUAAAACGCCAGAGAUAUCCACAGAACUGAUGACUGACCAGACUCUGGAGUAUUUUCUCAACCAGGGGAAGAUACAGGUGAAGGAUGCAGCAGAUAUUGAAUGGGCUCAUGCUGCCAACACCAAGAACAAGAUCACAGAGGCACUACAGAGCUCCGCCCACAUGAUAGAGGCAGACAUACUUCUGAGGAGUCACGACCCUAAAGAGCCAAUCAUGGCUCAUCCUCCUGAGACCGACAGUGAUGUCACGCUGCGUGAUUGGCUGAAGGAGGUCAAGGCAUCAGACAAAGGGAUAAAGCUAGACUUCAAAAGCCUGGCAGCGGGGGCUCCAUCCAUGCUGUUAUUAGACAAGGUUCGGGCUGAGCUCCGCGGUCCUGUGUGGAUCAACGCUGACAUCCUGCCAGGCCCCGGAGGCAAGGCCACACCCCUUGACCACAAACUCUUCCUGGAGGCAGCUGUGACCCCUGGUUCCCAUGGUGAUGUUCUCUCCCUGGGCUGGACAACGGGCUGGACUGCAGAUACACACAACCCAGGGUACAGCUGGGAGAUGGUGAGGGAGAUGGAGGCAGUGUGUCGGACCCUAAGUCAUCCGGUCACCUUCCCUGUCAGAGCAGCCCUUCUGGCCCAGUCAUUCUCCCAGCUACACUGGCUUCUACAGCAAUCAGACAGGUACAGCCUGACAGUGUGGACUGGCCACACUGAUGUCUUAGUUGUAAAGGACCUACUGCCUUACAGGAGCAACAUCGACAAGACCAGGAUAUAUUACGACCUGCUGGACUCACAGAGGGCACAGCUCAGAGGACUAACAGGCUACUGAUCUUGUGUUAUUUUAAAAAUAAUUUCUCUAUUUGUCUCUCUGCAUUGUGGGGGAAGUGCCCGUAAGUAAACAUUUCACUGUUAGUCUACACCUGUUGUUUAUGAAGCAUGUGAGGAAGAUUUGAUUUGAUUUGAUAGCCCCUCUGGCCUUAUGAUCUCAAAGGUCAAAACUGAUCCUAGAUCAGCACUUCUGAAUAUGGGCCCAGAGCUCAGAAGACUCCUAGUCGUGAAAGGACAACGGUUGUACACCCUAUUCCCUUAUGUAAUGCUCUACUUUUGUCCAGAGACAUAGGAACCAGUGCUUUUCAAUCAGAUGUAAGGAAUGGGGGUGCCAGGUCUGUGAAAGGAGUCCGAUGACACUGAUUCUAAGCUAAUCUAGUUGAAGAGGACUUUAGCAGACUGUAUUUUACUGGAGUUACACAAGACCAAUGAACUAUUUAAUAACCAUUCAGAAGUCAAAGACAAUAGUUACCAUUUCUGAAGUGAAAUCAGGGCCACAUUCAGGAUCACAAUGUAGCAGAAUGUUUUGUUUGAACAAAACACUUAGCUAGAACAUUUAGCCCAAAACUAUUUUUGAUAUCAAUGUGUUUUUCAAAUAAAACAUUAUAUUAAUAUGUUAUAUAUGAAUAAGAACAGGGCAGAAUCCUUCAGGAAACAGUGCUUCGAAAGUGGAAAAGUAAGUCAACUAGCAAGUCAUUGUGGUCAUUUUAUAACAGCUCAUGAUAAGCAGAAAUAAGGGAGUAAUAUAUCUCAUAGUAGUAUAUGUGAGUUUCUCUUUCAAACAAUCCCCUGGCCUUGUAACGUUGGACAGCUAAUAGCUAAUGUUAGCCAAAGCAAGCUAACUAGCUACUGAUAGUGCAACCCUAGUAACAGUACAGAUUAUGACAAAUUCAGGCCUACUGUACAUUUGACUGUAGAAAUUAUUGUUGAAAACAAGACUAGGUUGGAACUGUUGCUGUUAAAAUUUCGACAGUCAACUAAUUUUUGAAGCAAGAUACGUUUUGAAGUAAACACACACACACACACAGUUCUGGGUUGUUCAUCUACAGCAGGAAGCGGCCUCCUGACUGAGAUAGCAGUAGAUGUUCUGGUCCAGUUUGGUUCCACAUGCCUAUGUGAGUCAGGGUUCUCUAGUACAGAAACAGUGUCAAUGAUGAGCAUGACUUCAGUGUUGCACUGUCUAAAGCAGAGUUGUUGAAAACGUCAACCAGCCACACACCUCUCAUUAGGACUGUGUGUGUUUUCUGGUCUGUGUGAUGUGAUCAAUCAGUUUAUUCCAGUUCAGAAUAAAAAAAUAUGUAUUGUAUUUUAAGAGCAACAGUUCCAACCUAGACUUUCUAUCAACAAUAAUGUAUACAGUAAGAUUUACAGUAGGCCUGAAUAUUUUUUAAAUCUGUACUGUUACUUAGGGUUGCACGAUUAAACAGCCUGUUAGUUCUGUUUAUAUAUCUGUGUGAUGUGAUCAAUCAGUUAAUUCCAGUUCGGAAUGAAAAUUAUUGUGUUUUAACAGCAACAGUUCCAACCUAGACAUAUGUUUUGAAUGGGGAAAAAUAAACAUGAAAAUAUA